AUGAAUCAAGCACAUCCAUUGAGUAGCCCUAUGGUUGUAAGAUCACUUGAAGUGGAUAAGGACCCUUUCCAUCCUCGGAAAAAUGAUGAAGAAAUUCUUGGUCCUGAAGUACCAUACUUAAGUGCAAUUGGAGCAUUGAUGUAUCUUGCUAGUCAUACAAGACCUGACAUAUCAUUUUCUGUGAAUUUGUUAGCAAGGUUUAGCUCAUGCUCAACCCGUAGGCAUUGGAAUGGGAUUAAACAUGUACUUCGUUAUCUACAAGGUACAAAAGAUAUGGGUACUGCCAUUUCUUGGCGUUCUAUGAAACAAACUAUUGCAGCUACUUCAUCUAACCAUUCUGAGAUAUUAGCAAUUCAUGAGUCUAGCCAUGAAUGUGUAUGGCUACGGUCUGUGAUUCAAGAUAUAAGAGAAGAUUGUGGUUUAUCCUCCGAGAAAGAGGCACCAACAAUUUUAUAUGAAGAUAAUGCAGCAUAUUUGUUUACUAAGGCGCUUCCUACUACUACAUUUAAAAAGUUGAUUCACCUCAUUGGUUUGCGCCGUCUCAAAGAUCUUUAG